AUGGUCCUUCUCCGGCUUCGUGUCGUGGUCUUUCCCCGCGAGCAGCUGUCAUCCUCUCGCCGGAUGUUCAGCUUCCUGCCGAACCAUGAUGAACCCAAUGCCUCGCUUUCGGGUUCUGCGAAACCCGCGUCGUUUUUGCUAGUGGUGCCGUCUCCCGAGGACGUCUCCCUCGCAGGGCUUUCUGGCUUGAUCCAGGACAAGUGGAAGAAGCUCUAUCCUGACCUUGGGCGCUUGGUUAUCAAGAAGCUUCUGGAUAGUGAAAACCCCGACGACGACCUCGACCCGGACAUGACCGUGGCGGAUGUCUUCGUGGAUAGUGGCAAGGCCCGCAGAGAAGGCCUGGAUCAACGAGGCACUUUACACGUGAUUCAGAAGCCUGCGCAGUCUCCCCCAGUCCGAUUUCCCUCAGUUGACAUUGAUUGGGAUUCUGCCGCGAGCAGAUAUGAGCUUCAACGAAAGACUCAACAGGAAAAUUUACCUUCCAUUUGCGAAGACGAGGGAAAGACGGAGGCAUCAGGCUCACCGCGUCGCGCUUCUAGUGCUAGUAUGUUGUCGAGCCAGUUCUCACACACGCACGACCAGCCAGAUGAAGCCGAGGAGCCAUCUUUACCCGCUACGCAGCGCCACCGCGGUCUAUCGCUCUCUGUCGAGACGAACAAGAACGACCCCUCUGUUGAUUACCACGAUAGCCCCCCUGUUGAGAUACAUGAGGACAUCGACAUGCCUCCGCCUCAGAACGUGAGGGAAACUCGGUCCCGCAAACGCAAACAGAGCCUAGAGCAGGCGGAACCGCGGAAGGAGCCGAAACUCCAGACGUCAAACUCUCCUACUUCAACCCCACCCCAGAGACGGCAGCGCGUGCCUUCGUUCUCUGGCCCCAGUCGUAUUCCUGCAGACCAACUGUCAGCGUCGCAGCGUCGCCUAGGUGUAGGCAUCAUGACGAGCCCGCCAGGCAGGAAACCUGUGCAACGACACGUCGGCAAGCCCAUUUCGGAACCCAAUCUGGCACCCGCACAUCAGCCUAUCCUCGACAGCGCUAAGAAAUUAUACUCCAUUUUGCGCAAGGAGUCCCCUGCUGAUGGGUCCCAAACGCGAGGUUCGGUAUCUUUUACUGACGAUAGUGAGCCAUCCUCGAGUUUUCCGGCCCCGACACCUACACCCAGAGAACCAGCUGGUCAUCAAUCGUCCCAGAAGACAGAUCUAUCCGCCGACUCCACCAAAGCAACACAAGUCCGUGCCUCAUUCCUCCCACCUGGGGUUUCUCCCGAGAUGGCCCAGAAAUGUAUGGACGAUAUUGAACAAGAAAGGCGGGAGAGAGAAGACCUGAGCCGUAUGGCCGAGGAUCCAAAUACCGACCCGAAGGCUCUGAAAAUCAUCAAACGCCUACUCAGUGAAUGGGCUAAACUCAUACGCCAGGAAAGCGGCCCUCAUAGGAGGCAUGACAGGAUCGCGAACCGGCGCAAGGAAAUGUCAAAGCUACGGAAAGACCUACAAGCUUUCACGGUUGACCGAGAAACCGAAGCAGCUCUCCCAUCGUCCAGCAGCAAGACCAGUCAGGCUAUCCCCCCAACUUCUCCUUCCCCAGUUGCUCCAGCUGAAGCUGCUCUUCCAUCGUCCAGUAAAGAGGCCAGUCGGGCUAUCCCGACCCCUUCUCCUCCCCCGGCUGCUCCAGCUGAAGCUGCUCUUCCACCGUCGAGCAAGGAGGCCAGGCGAGCUAUCCCGACCCCUUCUCCUCCCCCGGCUGCUCCCCCGGUUUCUUCCCCUGCUCUUCCGUCGUCGAGCAAGAAAACCAGUCGGGCUAUGCCGCCAACUUCUCCUUCCCCAGUUGCUCCAGUUGAAGUUGUUCUUCCAUCGUCCAGCAAGAAAGCCAGUCGCAUUAUCCCACCUACUUCUCCUGCGGUUGCUCCCCCGGUUUCUUCCCCUGCUCCUCCGUCAGCCAGCAGAAAGGCCACCCCUACAAAUCGCCCCACCUUGAAGGGGCUGCUUGAGGAACAGCGCAAGGAAAUGGCUGCCCGAGCUGCCACCCAGCAGAAGCCGACUGCUGCCGCUCCUCCGCCUCGCCGCAACAUCUAUGAGGAGUCGAGUGAUGAGGACAGCGACGGCAACAGUGCCAGUGAUAGUGGUUAG